AUGGCAGCGCUCGGAGCACGUCGCGCAGGUCGCUCCAGCCUCGGUCCGGGCGGUCGUCCGCUGCCCACUUUGGCUCGAGCUCUAGAUUGGCCGUUGAGCAAAGAGGAGAAGAAACAUUGUUUGAUCCAAGUUUGCCAGAGGGAAAUCGAGGAGUCUGAAGCGCAUCUGGAUGAGCAACAAGAAGAAAUUGAGGAACUCCAACAUGAAGUGAAGGCCCUGAGGCGUUUGAGUACUCGCUCCACAGCUGCAGAGACCAUCUCUCCCAGAUCUGAGGAGGCUCCGGCAGAGCUGAGUGAAGCUCAGGAGGCCCCGGUGGCAGAAGCCGUGGUGCCGCGGGAAGAAUUGCUACAGCAGGCAUUGGUGGCGUAUUUCCAUGAGAGGAGUCGCUUGAGCUUGGUGACGAACGCCAAGAAAUCUCCGUCUGAGAUUGCCAAGUUCUACGGAAAUUCGGAGGAACAUGUCGCCGACCUUUGGAACUCAAUCCGAGAGAAGGAUCACUUGCAGAACCUGGAGGCGGUCCUCUGGUUAACGAAAUCCUUGCCUUCGCCCAUGGCGCCACGGGAAGAUGUGGAACUUUCUCGUGCCAGGCUUUGGCGACGAGUACUGAUGCGACCCAGUCGAACUCGACAAGGAUACAAUGAGCUGCGCUUGCGAGCGUUGGCGUCUCCACAGGCGCAGGAACUCAGAGAAGAAGUGCAGCUGGAGCUGAAAGUGGCUUGGAAAGGAGAGAACUUCAUGUCUACAGGGAACUUAUCGGAUGCCAUUGCCUCCAUCGCGCAGACCAUCAGCGCGCCGAAGGGCAAGCAUUUGCGCGGCGCAGUGCAGGUAGCGUCGCUGCUGAUCUAUGGUUUGCUACCAGCCAGCGAGUCACUGGAAGAAGCGGAGACGGAUGCAUUUUGGUGUUUUUUCCAGCUGCUAACAGAGAUGAAGACUGGGGACGAUGAGACGACCAGGACCUUCCGUGCUCGAAGGGUGCAUGACUUGUUGAAGGUCUAUGACCCUGCUCUGGUGGAAGUCCUGGACCACCAGGGGCUGAUGGUUUUUGUGGCGACACGCCUGGGCGAAGCCUUCUGCACUCGCAGUGGUUUGGCGCUGGAGCCAUGCGCGCAGCUCUGGGAUGUGGUCCUUGCUGAUCCACAAGGUUUUGCCUUCUGUGACUUUGUGGUCUGUGCCCUGGUCCUGCUGCGUCGGCAAGACCUGCUGCGCCUGAAAAACGACGCGGAAGCCUUGGCGGAGGCGUUGCUGUCGCUGCCCAAGGCGGUCCCCUUGGAGCGUGCGCUGCGCUUGGCCAAGGCCCUGCGCGCCUUGGAGAAGCAGAAAGCGCUCAGGGCCAAGGCACGGGAAGUUCACGCCUCUCAUAGCCAGCCUGAGGACUUGGGUGUUAUGAAGGCCUUGGGGUCUUUGUUCGGCCGAAUGCGCGAGCGCGGUGCAGAUGCCGACAGCCCAGGGACUGGCGCUCGAGGUGGGUCGAUCCGUAGCACGUUGCGCUUGGCCCCGCAGUCAGGCCCAGUGACGACCAGGAUGGACAGGGACAAUCCUUUGGGAAGAGACGCCGUGAGCUUUAAAAAUGACCUGGAGUAA